AUGCUCCGCCUCCAAAAGCGGCUGCUCUCUCUCCUCCGCUACGGCGGCGCCUCCCCUCUCCCCACCUUCCCCGUCACCUCCCUCCACCGCCACCUCAGCGCUACCGCCACCGCCACCGCCACUGCGACCACCUCCACUGAGUCCCCUUUCUCCGUCCAGGACUACCUCGUCAACACCUGCGGCCUCACCCGGGCGCAAUCCCUCAAGGCGUCCAGGUCCAUCUCCCAUCUCAGGUCCCCCUCCAACCCCGACGCCGUCCGCGCCUUCCUCUCGGGCCUCGGCCUCUCCAGCUCCGACAUCGCCGUCGUCGUCGCCGCCGACCCGAAGUUCCUCUGCUCCAGGGUGGACGAGACCCUCGCCCCCCGCGUCGCCAGGCUACGCAAUCUCGGGCUAUCCCCUUCCAAGAUCGCGCGCCUCGUCUUGAUCGGCGCCCCCGCGUUGCGCUCCUGCGACGUCGCCAGCAGGCUUCAGUUCUGGAUCCCAUUGUUCGGCUCCUUCGACGAGUUGGUCAAGGCCGUGUCGAGGGGGGCUCUGGGAGGUGGUGCCCUCCUAAGGUGUGACAUUGACACAGUGGUUAAGCCCAAUGUCGAGCUACUUCUGCGCUGCGGCUUUAAUAUCCCUGAUCUCGCCAAGACCGGCUUCAAUGGGACGCGGGUGAUCGUCUGCAGCCCAGAAAAACUCCAGGCAUUGGUCGCACGCGCAGAUGAGCUCGGGGUACCACGUGGCUCAGGCCUAUUCAUAUAUGCGCUCGCAACCGUCUUCUGGGUAACCCAAGAGAAGCUUGUUGCAAGAAUGGAGUUACUGAAGAAGACCCUUGGCUGCUCUGACGACAUGCUAAAAAUUGCAGUCGUCAAGCACCCAAGCCUCCUAAGAUCAUCUGAGGACAACCUGCGCAGCACGGUAGAGUUCCUGAUCAACAAGGUUGGUCUUGAGCCAGAGUACAUCGUGCGCAGGCCCGCGCUGAUCACUUACAGCCUGAAGGCGAGGCUUGAGCCUCGAUAUAUUGUCAUGAAGAUACUGCAGGGCAAGGGACUUCUGAGUUCUGACUAUUGCUCAUUGGUUGUUGCGAGUGAGAGGUACUUCAGGUCAAGAUUUAUUGAGUAUUACAAGGAGAGUGUUCCUGAGCUCCCUGAUGUGUAUGCCGCGGCUCGCGCAGGGAAAAUACCCCCUCACCUCCAACCAUGACACUCGCCUGCUUGCGCAAGAACGUUCUCGCCAGGAAAAUGCAACUUUUACAUAAACUGAGGUUUUGACAGGAUGAUUUGUUCAUGAUCACUAAGAAGGUGGCGCUUAUCCUGGCUUUAUCUGACAAAAAGAUUAAGCGAGUUUUGGAGUUCUAGAUGAGUGAUAUCACUUUGCAGGCAUUGUACAUUGCUCCAAGGCUAGUGUUAAUCAUGUAUAGCCUUGAGAAGCGGUUCAAGCUUCUCAGUCAGAACGGGUUACUGGAUGUGGAGUUGGACUACUAUACCACAGCAUUGCUGGCCAAGAAGAAGUUUCUACAUAAGCUUGUGGAUUCUUAUAAGGAUAUUGUCCCAG